AUGGAGAUGGGGGGCGGGCCCACGCUCCAGCCCCUGCUGUGCCUCGCGUGGCUCGCCGCCACGCUCCCCAUCGUCGCCGCCGCGCUGCCCAUCCCCGCCGCCGCCGGCGGCCGCCUCCUCCACGGCCUCCUCUCCGCCUUCUCCGCCCGCGGCAAGACCGUCAGGACCGCCUCCUCCAACAGCACCUCCACCAGCACCUCCUCCUCCAAGACGAAAUUCACUGUUCCACAGAAGUACUUCUUGCAUUUCUAUGUGGUGGGAGUGGUGGUGACAACAAGCUUGCUGCUUGCGAUAUGUUUCUAUGCAUAUAUGAAAAUGACAAUACUAUUGCCAGAGCCUUCGAAUUACUCCACAAUUGCUAGUCAUCUUGUUGGCUCAAAUUCAUUCUCUUUUGGCGGUGUCUGGUCGCACACUAUGGAACACAAGUAUCGUGUAUGGCGGACUGUGUUUGUACUUCUGUUAAUGGAGAUUCAGGUGCUGAGACGCCUUUAUGAGACUGAAAAUGUGUUCCAUUACAGUCCUUCAGCUCGGAUGCACAUUGUAGGAUAUCUGACGGGUCUAUUCUAUUAUACAGCAGCACCUAUAUCUCUUGCUAGCUCUUGUAUUCCUGAAGCAGCAGCUUUUCUUCGAGAUCAAAUAGCUGAGUUUAUAGUAAAGGGUCGUGCAAGAAUGCCAGAUCUAGUCAUUGAUUCGUCAUCUCUCAUAAAGCCUCUUUUAAAAUUGGGCUGGUGCCAAUGGAUAGGUGCAGUUAUAUUCAUUUGGGGGUCCCUCCAUCAGACCCGUUGCCAUGCAAUACUUGGAUCAUUGCGUGACAACAAAGAUUCUGAUGAAUAUGUUAUUCCUUGUGGUGACUGGUUUAGUCGUGUGUCUUGCCCUCACUACCUUGCCGAACUAGUCAUAUAUUUGGGCAUGUUGAUAGCUAGUGGUGGAUCAGACAUUUCGGUGUGGUUCCUGUUCGCUUUUGUGAUAACAAACCUAUCAUUUGCCGCAGUGCAAACUCAUAAAUGGUACCUUCAAAAGUUUGAAGACUACCCUCGUUCUCGCUAUGCAAUCAUUCCGUUUGUAUUGUAGCAUCUGCAAGCAUUGUUUGUGCAGCAACAAAAACUGAACUUGUUUGUUCUAUCCAGAAUGCACAAGCCCGGCAUGUAAAUGAUAUUCAUGUAAAUGUGACAGGAUGGAAGUUAAAAUGGUGUGCUGUGUAACUUAAGUAAUUUGUCCCGACCUGAAUAUACCUACAAAGGGUGUAUUUUCCGCUUGGAAAUUGUGGUACAUAUUAGCGUGGCUGGUUCUUAAGUGUACAGUAGCAUUUGUAUACAUGUUUAAGCAAUUGAAAUAAAGAUGUCACAGAGCUGGAAAAUGUGAUUUUUUUA